UAUAUGCAAUACAUAUACUCAGAAAUGCAUGUAUAAUUGCCAUUUACUGAAGUUCUUCCCGACUUGCAUUGAACAGUGAGGAAAGAAACUGUCCACAGUGAACACACUCCUCAGAACCUUUCUUUUGAGUUCCUACUUGUACAUUCAAAAUGCAAUUCACUUUAGUUUCUUUUACUCUGCCCCUUUAUCAAAGUGCCCAGGUUUAGGGUGAGUUUCUGUAGGCCAGAAGUCUGUUGCCUUUGGACAUCUGUACCUAACUGCAGCCAAAUGCAUCCCUCUGACGAGGCAGGACAUGCUGGCUGCAGCUGAAGGAAGGAAUUUCUCUCUGAAGCAGGGAGUGUCUGCAUACAAAAUGCUCUGCAGUUUUCUGCUUCAUAGGUCAGACACUGGUUUAUGUUGUUUUUGUGGCUAUGCUCACUCCCAUCAAAAUUUGUGCAAAUUUGUUUUAAGAAUUUGCUUGCAUCAUUUUACACAUCUGGAUGAGAGAUGUAGACCCUCAACUGGAAUAAAUAUUGAAAAGUAUGUCAUGUAACAAUUUUUGAGGGUUAUAUGCAAGAGCUAAUUUACUGUAGAUUUCCAAUGUAUGCUUAAAUAAACCCCAAGACAUGAGAGGAUAUUAUGGCUAGCGGGCUGUGCGUAAUGUCUUGGAGAGUGAUGUCAUGCCCUGCUCUGCAGUAACUCUACAUGAAAUGCUUGUUUUUGUUUUUUCACAGAUGUUAUUCCGCAUGAUCAUUUUGCUCCCGUUGUAUGCUGAUUUAUUUCCACAGCAUUUCAACUGCUUAUUUGACAUUUGCCCUAAUGAUAGAUAAUGCCCUGUGAAAGAUUAAAAACAGAAACCAUUGGAAAGAAAAGAUAAAAAGCAAUCAUGAGAAAUGUCUUGACUUGACUGGGACUGUUGGCUCAUGAUGAUACCUUGUCUAUGCCUUUAUUCAUUGAUUCUGAUUGUACACACUACAGAUGCCUCGUCCGCCUCUUCUGCUUUGAGCAUGGGAAGUCCUCGCAGUGCUUUUCCCACCUCUUCCACCUCAGCUUCAGAGCGGAUCGCCGUGCACGAAAGCAGCACGCCGGGAGAUGUUAGCAGUCGAAGAAAAGCCGAGGUUCUGGCUGCGGAAAACAAGCAUUCCGGUCGAGAAAAAGGUGGCCAGCAGACCCAGCAGCAGCAUCAGAUGACACCCUCCAAACGGCCUGUCCUCAACAUCUCGCCUCCACCAGAGGACCUGUUCGAUGAGAGCAACAUUUCCUGCCAAGAUGAGCUGCUUCUCGACUCAGAGCAGAGCAGCAGCAUCUGGAUUGAAAACUCGGUGUCCAACUUCAGCAUCGUGAGCUCCAGCUCCUACAAUGACAACACUGAAGUGCCCCGCAAGGCCCGUAAGUGCACCCCGCGACAGAAGCCCGGGCCAAAGCCAGUCCCUGCUGAAGAAGCCAGUAUGGAUGUCUUUGAUGCAGAUAGUGCCAAAGGUCCACACUUUGUGCUCUCGCAGCUUGGCCCAGACAGCAAGACCUGUUCCAAAGCAAGCUCCGAUGGACCACAAGCAUCUGGUCUCAAAGGUGGGAUACUGUCUUGUCAGUAUCCUCAGAAAAGUGAAGGGAAAGAACUGAAGAUCGUGGUACAGCCUGAGACUCAGCAUAGAGCGCGUUACCUGACUGAAGGCAGCCGUGGGUCUGUGAAAGACCGAACACAGCAGGGUUUCCCCACUAUCAAGCUCGAGGGUGUGAAGGAGUCAGUGGUCCUACAGAUUUUUGUGGGCAAUGAUGCUGGACGUGUGAAGCCCCAUGGCUUCUACCAGGCUUGCAGAGUUACAGGCCGUAACACAACCGCCUGUAGGGAAGUGGACAUCGAAGGCACGACUGUCAUCGAAGUGCCUCUGGAUCCCAGCAGCAAUAUGAUUCUGCCUAUAGACUGUGUGGGGAUCCUGAAGCUCAGGAAUGCUGAUGUGGAGGCCCGUAUUGGGGUGGCUGGAUCUAAGAAGAAGAGCACCCGUGCCAGACUGGUGUUUCGAGUCAACAUCCCACGCCCGGAUGGCUCUGUGCUCACAUUACAGACCUCUUCGUCUCCCAUACUGUGCACCCAGCCUGCAGGAGUACCUGAGAUUCUCAAGAAGAGUUUGCACAGCUGUUCGGUUAAUGGAGGGAGUGAAGUCUUUAUUAUUGGAAAAAACUUUCUCAAAGGAACCAAGGUCAUAUUUCAGGAGAAUGCUUCAGCAGAUGAUAAGUCCUGGAAGGCAGAGGCUGACAUUGACAUGGAGUUUUUCCAUCAGAAUCACCUUGUUGUCAAAGUCCCUCCAUAUCAAAAUCCAGCUAUCACAUCUCCUGUAUCUGUUGGUAUCUAUAUUGUUACGAAUGCUGGACGUUCCCAUGAUAUUCAACCAUUUACAUACACUCCAGAGCCAGUUGUUGAUUCUUCUGUGAAAAAGGAAGUCUUGCCUCCAGUGACACCUUGUUGUUUUGAACAAAUGAAAGUAAUCGAUACUGCUUUGAUGACGCCGGUUUUGCCUCUUGUUAAACGAGAGGAGGUCACUCCUAUGGAGGUCUCCAGUAACCCCUCGGCCUUCAAGACCUCUGAAGUCAUCAAUUCAGCCCAGCAAGCCUUAGAUAUGAGUGCUGAGAUCUCCACCAAUAACUGCAAAUUUUCCAGUUCACUGGCACACCAAACAAGAGAACAUGAUCAAUCUCAGAAUUCUGUCUUUUCCAACAAAGAACCAUUCAGCACCAUCCAGGAACAGAGUCUUGCACCCAGUGGCUCUUUCCAUGUGCCUAAUAAAUCUCUUCUUCAGCAAGGAGUUCAGCCAUUCCUCUUGGAACACAGAGAGAGUCUUGGACAGGAGAGGACAGGCAACAGUGGCGGUUCAGUGGUGGGGCUCUCCCAGAUUGAUGACAACUCGCAGCAGCAGCUCUCACUUCUACCUCCAGAUGAGGUGGCACAACUGGAGCAGGCCGUUCGGCAGCUGCAAGCGAAGGGAUUCUGCAACAUCCAUCUCCAGAGUGAGAAUUCACUAUCGAAACAAAGACAACAUCAACUUCAUCAGCAGCAUCAGCAAAUUCAGCAACAGCAGCAGCAAAUCCAGCAUCAACAACAGCAAAUCCAGCAACAGCAGCAGCACAUCCAGCAACAAGAGCAGCAAAUCCAGUUGCAGCAGCAGCAACACCACCAGCAGCAAGCUCUGGAGAACCUUCAACAUCAGCUCUUUCAGCCCCAGGUUCAAAUACACUGUAGUUCAGAGCAGCAGAGCUCUUCCCAAGGUAUGGUUCAGAAUGGAAGUUCCCUCUUCCAGCAAACCUCAUCACAACAACAGCAGCAGCAACAAGCGUCCUUGUUUCAACAAGCAACUGGCUUUCUUCAGCAACAACCCAGUCAUUCCUCGCCUUCCCUGUUUCACAAUCCUACAGCCAUGACUGAAGCCCAAAGCCCACAGGAGGCUCUUUUCCACUCACAGAAGACCUCACCCAAUCAGGAUCAGGUCCAAGCUUCCCUUUUCCAAAGCAGUCUGACGGUUCUCGGUGGGUCCAACAUGUCUGCAGAAGCUCAGCCCUCUGCAACCAGUAUGUUUCUCUCCCAAAAUGCCAUACAAGGCCAACUUGCUGUUAAUGCUGGCCAGCCACAGCAACUGGCCUUUCUCACUUCUAUGCAGACAUCUUCUCUCGAGGCACCAUCUGUAUUUCAGACUCCACCCCAACUGUCCCCCAUUCAGCAAGGCACUCCGAUGGAGCAGCAACAGUCACCACAGCGUACCCAACCUGGAUCCAUGUUCCAGAGCAUCUCCCAGUCACCAAGCAAACUCCCCCAUGGUCAGCAGCAGCAGGCUGGCCUACUCCUCGGUUCCUUAAAUUCUCCAGUGACACAAGAGCAAACUUCCAAUCUGUUAUUUGGUGGGCAAGUCCAGAUAGGAUCGAUGAACAACAGUAGCCUAGCUUCUCAAGAACAACAGAGCACUUCCCUUCCCUACUCUCAGACCGGCAUGGUUACGGUCAGGCAGCAGGAGUCAUCUGAACCCAUGACGUUUCAGGAUCAGACUACUAUGGUGGUCAGCCCCUCCUCGAAUAAGCCUAUUUUCCAAGACCAGCAACCAAUGCAGUUGGCAUCAAGUUCUGGUACAGCCCCUCCACAGUCUGUAAACCUCUUCAUGGCCCAGUCCGGCAUUCAAGGGGGAAUGGCUUCUCAAGACCCCAUUUUUGCAUCACAUAGUGAUGUAAGCCGAAUUCAGACUAGCAGUUCCUCUCCAGUACAACAGCCUGGUCAACUCUUCCAGACCACAAUGAGUGGAAGUCUCAAUCAGGCCAACCAGAAUCAGCAGCCAGACCUGUUCCUUUUUGAGAUUCAGAAUGAAUGCAGUCAGCUGAUGAACAGCCAAGGAUCUACACUUUCUGAUCAGAUCAUUGCCAUCAAUCAGUCUGGACAGAGUCAGCAAGAGAGUGAGGGGCAAAUCCAGUCUUUACUUGGGCAGUCCCUGUCAGACCCUGGAACUGUGCAGAGCACUUUGACAACCUCUCAGAACAUGGAGAAGAUUGACGACCUUCUGGUGAGCCUUCAGGAGCAAAGCAAUAACAUCUCACACUCCUACUAGGGCUUUCAGUGUGUGUAGCUGCCCCAAAAUCUCCAUUCCAUAUGUGAUUGUAGAUAUUUCUUGUACACGUCUUGGAUAGUCGGGGUAUCCUCUAUUUUGAAUAUUUCAAGAAUAUAGGAUGUUGGAGGUAUUUCGCUCAGACCCCUUAAAAGAAAUAGCAAGACAUCCACUUUAGACAUUGGCACUGAGAAAGUAGAGUCACC